UCUGCUGAGUGCCUCCCCCGUCUCUCCACAGACUGUGCGGCCCAAGCGAGGAUUUUCACGAAAACAUCCACCGCAGACUGCGUACCAGUGGCAACGGGAAGGCAGCUACGACGAACUGGACCCGAGGCGAUGGAUCCAGCGGCGUGACAGCCGAGCCGAUGGCGUUUGUAAAGUUGGAUAACCGUGUUUGGCCUUGAAGAGAGACGUUUGAAGCGUGAAACUGAUUUGACGGAAAUUAAUACGGUGUCACUUGUUAGACAGAAAGACGGAGUGAGAGGGGCCAAAGUGGACUCCCUCCCUCGGUAGAGCUCGUUCCGCCCGAUGGAGGCUGACGGGACCUUUGCAGCGAACUCGAGGCCUGGAAUGUCACCUGUGAAACGUCGACAUCUCGUUGGAGGACUUAAUUAAGGCGAAGGACCGCGCACACCUGUCUGCGCUUUCGACGAUUCAUUUGACAACUUCUUAAAAAGCCUGUAUACAAUAACAAAAGUUAGCAGGUCAGCGUUAGCUGCGGGAGGCGACCCCUCGCGCAAGAUGACUAUCAUAGAUAUCACUUAACGAGAGGUUAUUUACUGCCUCAGGUAAAAUAGGACAGGUGAACAGCGCACCAUUAUAUUUUUAAUGGACUUCUUUCUUUUGCUAGGUUUGUUCUAGUAAGUUGUGUAUCCCCCCCCCCCCCCCCCCCCCCCCCGCAAGUUGACUGCAACCCUUUCGGCUGCGAGAAUUGAGCAGUUUUUGUUGUUGAAACAAGGCUUUCUUGGAUUUUUUUCUCAUCAAGUGUCGCCUUUCCCCCCCUCCACUAACCAUGUCAUUCAAAGACAAUCCUUGUCGGAAAUUUCAAGCCAACAUUUUCAACAAAAGUAAAUGCCAGAACUGCUUUAAGCCCAGAGAAUCACAUUUGCUGAACGACGAGGACUUAAAUCAGGCAAAACCUAUAUAUGGAGGAUGGUUGCUGCUGGCACCAGAGGGAACACAUUUUGACAAUCCCUUACACAGAUCUCGGAAAUGGCAACGGAGGUUCUUCAUCCUGUACGAGCAUGGCUUACUUCGCUAUGCUCUGGACGAAAUGCCCAGCACUCUACCCCAGGGUACAAUCAACAUGAACCAGUGCUCCGACGUCAUCGAUGGAGAGUCCAGGACAGGCCAGAAGAACUCACUGUGCAUCCUGACCCCUGAGAAAGAGCACUUCAUACGGGCGGAGUGUAAAGAAAUUAUCAACGGGUGGCAGGAGGCUCUGACUGUAUACCCCAGGACCAACAAGCAGAACCAGAAGAAAAAACGCAAGGUCGAUCCACCCACUCACCAGGGUGGAGUAACUCGAAGCGAGUGUUUUUCCACUGAAGACAUGAAUGGACACCCAGAGCCUGGCCCUGCCAAGGUGACAGUGACCAGCAGCAGCAGCAGCAGGGGAAGCAUCCCUUGCCUGCCCAGCAGUAUUGCCAGCGCUGAGCGUGUUCCGAUGAGCCGCGCCACUCUGUGGCAGGAGGAGAGCCGCUGGAGCAGGGCCACCAUCCCCUGCAGCCGCAGUGCCUCCUGUAUUAGCCAGCUGAGCCAGAGCCAGCUAGACUCCAGUAUCACUACUCAAGACGAUGGCAGCACCAUGAGCACUGGACGUAAGGUACGAGUGGAGAGUGGUUACUUCUCCCUGGAGAAGACCAAGUCGGAGCCUUCUCCACAGUCUGCAUCGCACUCUCAGCCACUUCCGCCACCGCAGAAUCUGCCCCUGUCCUCUUCAGCAUCCUCCUCCUCUUUAGGAGCUCUCAGUCCCAGGUACAGCUCUGAGUCAGAACCCCAGAUUUCCCCAUAUCAACCGUCCCAAGAUCCUCUUCCUUCUCCAGGUGCACUUAUUUCCCCCAGCUACUCCACCAUCAGCUCCUCUCAGAGCUCACUGGACUCCGAACCCAGCGGGACUACACUCACCUGGGAGGGAUACGGUGGUGGAGGAAGCACUGGUAGUGUCAGUGGUGGAGGAGGCAGAGUGGGCCGUUCUGGCAGGGAGUAUGCAGCGCUGUCUGAUGUGCCACGUGCUCGCAGACUGAAUUACCGCGAAGCCUUCCGCUCAGAGAAAAAGCGACAAGAGCUGAGGGAACGGACACGGAGUCCUGGCAGAGAGGAGGUGGCUCGGCUGUUUGGGGAGGAGCGCAGGCGUUCUCAAAUCAUCGGCCGGUUCGAGGAGGGUCCGCAUGAGGAGCGCAUGGACACAGGCAGCUCCAAUGAGCCCUCUGCUAACACCACGCUAAUCCAGAGACAAGGCCGCAGCGAAAGACGCUAUCUGGCAAACAAACAUGAGAUGUCACUGGAUGCGGGAAAGGACCGUUCAGUCCCUGAUGUGUCCAGCUCCACUUUUGCUAAUUUAAGAAGAGCCAAGUCACUGGACCGCAGAGUCACGGAGUCCUCAAUGACUCCAGAUCUGCUGAACUUCAAAAAAGGAUGGAUGACAAAGCUGUACGAAGAUGGAAUGUGGAAGAAACACUGGUUUGUCCUGACAGAUCAGAGUUUGAGGUACUACAAAGACUCAAUAGCCGAGGAGGCUUCAGAACUGGAUGGUGAGAUUGAUCUUUCUACAUGUUAUGAUGUCAAAGAGUUCCCAGUCCAGAGGAAUUACGGUUUCCAAAUCCUGUGUAAAGAGGGAGCUUGCACCCUGUCAGCCAUGACCUCUGGAAUCCGCCGCAACUGGAUUCAGGCCAUUAUGAAGAAUGUGCGACCCACGAUUGCCCCCGAUGUCACUCGGAAAAACAUCUCUCUGAAACUAUCCGUUCUGAAGCCCAGAUCCCUCCAUGACGAGAAGGUAAAAGCCCAAGUGAUGCUGGAACCGUUUCCACAGGCCACACCUGAGCCAAUCCCCAGUCCUGAGGCCCCCAAGUCUGAUGUCCACAGACAGCCAGCUGGCAACAAUGCCUCUGCCCCUCCCUCUGAGCCUCGUAAAAGCAGAGUUCGUGAGCGCAGACGAGAGGGUCGCUCCAAGACUUUUGACUGGUCUGAGUUCAAAAUGGAACAGACAGAAAAGCCUGUGAAGGAACGAGCAGACACAGUCGACCUCAGCUCAUCAUUCUCCACAACAUCCUCUUAUUGCUCUCCCUCCUCUUCCACUUCCUCGUUAGCGUCCUCUCCUGUCUCUACCUCUUCCCUCCAAACCUCUUCUGUGUCGGGUGCUCACCAACCCUCUAUGACAGAAGAUGCAGAAAAGAAGAAUGGAAGGAGGGGUAUUACUCCACAUAGCACAACCAGUGCAACCCACAUGCCAAAUACUGUUAGUGUUACUAUGACUUCCACGCUAAACACUGCACCACAGGUACAGCCAUUGAUACCUGAAUGCCAAGAGCAAGGAAAGAUGGAAGUAGACCACCCUACAGCCAUGCAUACUGCAAGUGUAGAUAAAAAGGACAACAGAACCUCAGAUGUCCAUGAAGAGAUUGAGCACCGAUGGCAUCAGGUAGAGACAACACCGUUAAGGGAAGAGAAGCAAGUUCCCAUCAGCACAGCUUUAGGGAACUCUGGUGACAGAUUGCCUGCAAAUGAGCUUGCUGCACUGCUAGACAAAGAGUUGGGACAGAAGCAGAAAGAGCUGGACCAACUACAGAAGCAAAACAGUGUUUUAAAAGAGCAGUUGGAGGAUGCGCUAGGGAGAGAACAAAGUGCCAGAGAGGGCUAUGUACUGCAGAGUGCAACACCCUCUUCCUCAUCACCGCGCAGAGUGCCAUGGCAACACUUGCACACGCUUAAUCAAGAUUUGCAGGGUGAGUUGGAAGCCCAAAAGCGCAAGCAGGACCUUGCUCAGCAGCAAAUUCGGACACUAAAGAGAAGCUACACAGAAGCCCAGGAUGCUGUAGACCGCCAUGAGGCUGAUAUUCAGGCUCUGCAGGCCAAACUAGCGUCUGCAAUGGCUGAAAUCUUGGCUAGUGAACAGGCAGUGGCAAGAAUGCGAAAUGAGCUCAAGUUAGAACAGGAGCGUUCAAAGGAACAAGACCUGGAAUAUGGCCGUAAUGAGACCACCCUACGUGCCCAGCUAAAGGACAGUGAAGAUAGACUCCGGGAAGUAGAGGCCAGCCUCUUAGAGAGAAACCAGGCCCUUAGGCACCUGGAGCGCCAACAGGCCCUGCAACGAGAUCACGUGAGAGAGAUACAGAGGCUGCAGGAGAGGCUCCAAGAAGUGACUGCUCGGCUAAGUGCUACUGAAGAGGGUCAGGCACUGAAGGAGGAGCGCCUGAGGAAGGAGCAGCAUAGCCUGCAAGAGAGUCAUGAGAGGGAAAGACAGAAUCUGUGUAGAAGAUUAGCUGAGGCUGAAACUGCACAGAAGGAGAUGGAGGACAGACUGAUGGAGGCUGAGCAGCAAGUAGAAGCCCUGUUAAGAGGUAGGCGGGCCUCAGGAGGAAAAGAAUGCAGGGAGGAAGUGCUGAAGUUGCAAGAGGAGCUGGCUCAGAAGAUUGACACGGUUGAGUCACUGAGGGAGAGUGUGCGUAGGCUAGAAGAAGAGAAAAGCCAUCUCACUUGCCGCUGUCAGGAGCUUCUUAACCAGAUUGCAGAAGCAGACCGUGAGGUGAAUAAGCUUCGCAAUCGUCUUGAAACGGAAGAGGCUGAUUACUAUACACUGGAGCACUCAUAUGAGAGGGCUACCCAAGAAUUUCAGAAAAUGAGCCAGUUCCUUAGAGAAAAAGAGGAAGAGAUCCGGCAGACUAAGGAAAUGUAUGAAAGGCUGGUGGAACGCAAGGAAGAGGACUUGAAAGAGGCCCUUGUUAAAAUGACUGCACUUGGCAACAGCUUGGAGGAAACCGAACAGAAGUUGCAAGCUAAGGAAGAGCUUCUUUGUCAAAUGAGUCAAAGUCUCUUAGAUAAGGUUGAGCCCUGUAGUGCUGAAAAGGAUCUGCAAGCCAAGCUUGUGGUUGCAGAGGACCGCAUAGCCGAGCUAGAGCAGCAUCUCAAUGCCCUACAGCUGGGCUAUGCUGACCUACGCAUGGAAAGGCAUCAAAUUCCACAACAGAGCAAGAAGGGCAGGCUUAAAACAUCAGCCUCCUCCCCAAACCCAGAGCUCCCACUUUCCUUUGCAAGUACAUCAAAGACAGAGAACUCCCCGUAUGAUAAGGAGUCUCAAGCUAAGAGACCAAGGAUACGUUUUUCUAGUAUUCAGUGCCAAAAAUACAUGAAUCUAGAGGGCCUGGAUACUAGCCCUGUGAGCAGUACCUUUGCAGACACAAGACAAAACCUUAACCAGGAUGUAAAUGAAGACAUCCAUCUAAGUGAAGGAAAUAUCUCCCCUGAUAUCACAUUUCCUCACAGUAGUGACCCAGAGAAGUUCAUCUCUAUCAUACAUGCCCUAGAGACUAAACUGCUGGCCACAGAGGAUAAACUAAGAAACCUGACACAGAAUCUAGAAGAUCAACGAUCUAUCCAUGCAGAAGACAUGUCCAAGAUUGAUCUAAAGUUGAAAAAAGCAAAGUCUAACCCUGAUAAAGAGUUUAGUUGUGGAAGUGGGAUACAGAGUAAUGCUGCCAAUAAGCAUUAUGCCAAGGCCCUGGUGUGUGUUGAAAAUAGUCGAGAGAAAGUCAGGGCUAUUCUCAGUGGCUCUCAUGAUGCCGCUGAUUCACAGCUGCACUCAUUGUCAGAGAUAGAGAAUGAUUUGUUCAACGCAUCACUGUACAUUCAACAAGGACAAAAGACAUUGGAAGAGCAAUCACCAGUUGUCCAUCAAAAUCAAACCCAAGAGUCUCUAGAUAAAGAAGCUCUGCACCUCUUUGCCAAAACUCUGUCUUUUGAGGCAGUAGUUUUGAACAAGAUGGCUUUGUUAAUACAGACUUCAAAAUCUGACCUUCUUCAAGCUCUUGCAGAGAUAUGGGAAGACAUAGAGAACAUUAAAAGGAGUGACAAAGAUUCCUUGGCUGUAGUUUAUGCUGAUGUCUUGACCAGGAAGUUGAUGUUGGAGAGUGCAUUCUGGAAAGAAUUGGAGAAAGCUGAGACAGAUGUUGCUAAAUCCAAAGAGAGCAGUGUUUCAGCUGAUGCAGAUGUUGAUGCCACUGUUAUCUUUAACACCUCCAUUAAAGCAGAACUAGCCUACUCGAUUCAAAACCUUAAACAAUGCUAUGAAGAGAAAUUCAAAAUACUGAAAAGGGAGUUGACUGAAGCCCGUAGUAACCUAAAUCAAAGGGAGAUUGCUUUGAAAGCAAUUAUUGAUGCUUCCAAAAGGCCUGAUUUGAAAAAUGUAAUAAAAGAAGUAAAAAAUAACUUUGGGUUUAAUAAACAAAGGUUAGCUGACAUUCACCCCCCUGAACUUGCGCCUUACAUGGAGCAGAUUGAAAUGGAAGAGGCUAGAGACUUGGCUGAGGAAAUUGUAGACAGACACUUAGCAGGAGAAAUGCCUUCCUGUGGUGUUGACCCUGAAUCACUGCAAAAUGCACAUGACAUCCUGGCUAAUGAGCUUCAAAGACAAGCAACAAUCCUCCAUAAGUAUGCUCAAGAGUUAGAAAGUGGUGGAAACCAUCCUGGUCUGGCUAAAAUGAUCCACACUCUUCUAGGACACCAAACUUCAUAUAGUUUCACAAGUACUUCUCUUUGUAUGCGUGAAGCCCUAACUCAGGCUCAAGUGGCUUAUGUGGCAUGCAGGUUACGGGCCAUGCACGAACAAGACUUGGGCUGGUGUAAGCAGACAGGUCAGUCCAUGGAUGCUCUUGUCCAGCAGCAUGCCCGCAAUGUCAGUGCAAUCCAAGGGAAAUAUGAAGCGUCCUUACAGGAGGAGCGCCUGAACUUCACACAAACGGUGUCCACUCUCCGGAAGGAGAACCAAACACUAAAUAGUGAGAUCAGCAAACGUGUGAAACAGCUCUCCCAGCAGCAGGAGCAGCUGGCUCUCCUGGAGGUGCGUUAUCAGAAGGAAACUGAAGAGCUGAAGCAGAGGCACAAGCAAGAGCUAAGCCAAGCCGAGAAAGGCCGUGCCUCAACAGAAUUGGCACUCAUGGAAACAACCGCUGACAGUCAACGAAAGGUAGAGGUUCUGCUGGUGGACAUGGACACCAUGGAGGAGCGGCAUGAGAGUCAUGUGAGAAAACUAGAGGAUCAGUUUGAACAGAAGAUAUGUGAGCUCCAGCAUAUCCACAAAGAGGAGAUUGAAAAGUUACAUUCCCAGUAUAUGGAAAACAUUCACCGUGUCAAAGAGUACCAGCAGGACAAAACCGGUUAUGAGGUUUCAAAUUCACCUCCCUGUAUCGAGGCCACUACACCAAUGGAGGAGGAGGAGCAGGGAAAAGGGGAGGAUGUACCGAACAUGUCGGAGGUGGACUCCAUGGUGGUUCUGAAAGAUCGGAUCCAGGAGCUGGAGACUCAGAUGAACACCAUGAGGGACGAACUGGAGAACAAGCACCUAGAAGGAGAUGUGGCCAGCCUGAGAGAGAAAUACCAGAGAGACUUUGAAAGUCUUAAGGCCACGUGUGAACGUGGCUUUGCAGCAAUGGAAGAAACACACCACAAAGUAAUACAAGACCUCCAGAGGCAGCAUCAGAGGGAGAUUUCCAAACUUAUGGAAGAGCGAGAGAGACUGUUGGCUGAGGAGACUGCUGCCACAAUUGCUGCUAUUGAAGCUAUGAAGAAUGCGCACAAGGAGGAAAUGGAGAAGACCCACCGUUCCCAACUGAGUGGAGUGAACUCUGACAUUGAUGAACUUCGCUUACAAUACGAGGAAGAGCUGCAGUCCAUUCAGAGAGAACUGGAGGUGUUGUCAGAGCAGUACUCUCAGAAAUGUCUGGAGAAUGCUCACCUGGCCCAGGCGCUAGAGGCCGAGAGGCAGGCCCUCAGGCAGUGUCAGAGAGAGAACCAGGAGCUAAAUGCUCACAAUCAGGAAUUAAAUAACCGACUGACUGCAGAGAUCACUCGGAUGCGGUCCUGUUUCAGUGGUGAAACAGUGCUUUCACCACUUACCCAGGGCAAAGAUGUGUAUGAACUGGAGGUAUUACUACGAAUUAAGGAGUCAGAAAUCCAGUAUCUUAAACAGGAAAUCCACUCUUUGAAAGACGAACUGCAGUCUGCUUUAAGGGACAAGAAAUAUGCCACAGACAAAUAUAAGGACAUCUAUACAGAGCUCAGUAUUGUGAAAGCAAAGGCUGACUGCGAUAUCAGCAAACUGAAGGAGAAACUGCUCAUUGCCACAGAAGCUUUAGGCGAGAGGACUGUCGAUGGAACGGUCACAUCCGGAUAUGAUAUCAUGAAAUCAAAAAGUAAUCCAGAUAUCCUGAAAAGGCAAUCCAAGCAAUCAAGAGCCAUAAGGUCAAAGUCUGUCACUGAACAGGUCUCAUGGGAUAGCUGACACUCCCAUUGCGGGGUGAUUCCUCUCCAACCCCCACCCCAAGAUGUCCUGUAGGUAUAGCAUGAUGUAGAGCAAUGCAUGCCCUCACCACCCUUGCAUGAUCUCCCCUCCUUGCACCCCUUCCUUUAUGCCCUAACCUGCACCCUCAAAGCUGAUUGUGGUGUCCACCCCUCAGUUGAAUGUCACUGGUGUGAGUGUUAGCAGUUCCGAGAAGCAACCGUUUGCAAACUUUGUCCAAAAAACGUUUCUGGUUACAUUCCUGAUCCCAUGCUGUAUGCUUAAAAGAAUAGAAUUUUUAGCAAUUCACGUCAGCCAGCAACCUAAAAGCUUAGCUUAAUAUGUUGCAUCAUAUUUGUUUGAUUAUUACAAAAACCAAAGUGCAAAAAGAACGAAUUGUAGUUUUACUGUGAUUUAAACAAACAAGAUGUAACAUGCUAGCUAAUGAGGUGCUGGUAGGCCGAUAUUUUUUUUCUAGGUAGCUGUUUCAGCAUAGUCCAUUGUAAUAUUUAUGGAUGUCACCCAUGUAUCUCUCCCCCCCCCCCCCAAAAUUUACAGUAAGAUGAAAUGUAAGUUGUUUUGGUCCGCAAUAGCAGUAUGUGAAUAUCAGUGGACUAAUAAACCACCUCAUCAAAUCAUUAUAUAGAGAAAUGAGAACACUCUUUACAACAUAUCUCAUAAGUUCCAACAUUGUUAUUCUUAAUUGAAAAACCCUUUCUGUAAUUGUUGUUUUGUGUCUUUGUGACUGUCUGAAUUUAUUUGUGCAUUGUGCGCACCAGUUGGUACUCUUGUGUGGCAUGUCCAUAUUCCACUUUUUCCUGUAGAUCUUACACUAAACUUAAAGAAUGUCAUCCAGAGCAGAAAAAUGUCUGGGAUUGGCAGCUGGCUAACGUAACUGUUUUGUGAUGUCUGUGUUUUUGUUUUCUGUUUUUCUAAUGCACUCCUUUGGCCACAUGCACCCUUAUGAGGGGCGGCUGUGGCUCAGGGGGUAGAGUGGGUUGGUCGUUAAUCGGAAGGUUGGCGGUCCAAUCCCGAAUUGCCCCUGGCGGCUGUUCCGCCAGUGUAUGAAUGUGUGUGAAUGUUAGUUUCUGUUUGAGCACUUAUGCUCAGUGAAUGAAUGUGAGUGAAUGCAGAUGUAGUGUAAAAGCGGUUUGAGUGGUCGAAAAGACUAGAAAGGCGCUAUACGAAGCAUUUAUAAUCUAUGAACAAUAAAUUACUUCCUCUUUCUUAUUUCUAACAGAGCCUAAAAGAGGGACUAACUGUGCAGGAGCGUAUGAAGCUGUUUGAGGCAAAAGAUUCCAAAAAGAUUUGAUUUAUCAAGAAUCUGAAGUUUCUCUUCUCUUUCCUGACCUUGGUUUUUGGUCAGAUUGCUAUGGCCGCGCCAGCAUCAGCUGAAGACUCUUAUAGGAAAUGAGAAAUAUCUGUCAAGGUCAAUUCUAAACCUGGACCUGCUGCUUCAAUGCCUCUGAUAAGUUGUCAUAUUUUUGUUUUAUUUUUUUUUUUAUUAAUAAAAAGCUGUUUUAUUGAAUCAAAUCUAUCCUGUGUAAGGUUUCUUUUAAAAAUACAUUAAAGUAUAGUCUGUCAAGUUGGAGAUGUUUCAAAUAAGCUGUGAGAGGGAUACAUGACAGCAUUUUUAUUGAUCCUCCAUAAUGCCAAAACAGACAGCAAUACACAGUAUGAAUAAUAUAUAUUUCCCAGUAUGAAUUAAGUAUCUGCUGUAUUUUAUUAUUGUUACAGUUUCUAUAUUGCAUAAAUUGUAAUGUGUUUAAUGUUGCACCAGUUCUGUUGUACAUAACUACUGGAUAUAUGUAAGAAUAAGGUUUGCUAUUGAUUGGUGGGGCAUCUGCUGUACUAUAACUAAGGUUUGAUUGAUAGUGGGAAAACAAUGUGAUGCUUAACUUGCUAACGUAUGAGAGUUUCAUAAAAUGGAGUGUCUGUGUGUGAAGGGGGAUAAGAGUUGUGGGAUUGCACUUAUCACUUGACUACUUGAGGAAUCUUUUUUUUUUUUUUUAUCAUUUUAUCUCAAUUUGGUGUAGUGAUUUCAAGUCUAUUAUUGCAGUGCAACCAAACACCCUGACUUCUGUCAAAUUUAGUGAACAAUUGUGACUUGUGAUACUGGAUUAUUAUUAUUUUUUUUUAAGUUUCUUAAAACCUGAAUUUGUGUUUGCUCAGUCUUGACUUUGGUGUGAGAAUAUCAUCUCAAAAAAACAAUUUAGGACUUUGCAUGACUGUACAGUGUCAUUGGAACUGCAGAAUUAUCAUAUUGCCUCAACUUCCUACUUUAUGCUUUAGUGUGGAACUCGUAACACUAAUGAGCUUUGCUUUGCAAGUCCUACUGUUUAGGUGUUAAAAUGGUUUACUGUAUGCCGCAGUCUUGAAGCACUUGGCCCAGUCCCUGACCUCUCACUGAAAUCUAGUCGUGCCUCAACUGAGUGAAGAAUAUUAAAUAUCCAUGAAACCUGUGCAGCUAUGGAUACACACUGAAUAGUAUUCAAACCACGCCUUGUGUAUAUAUAAUAUGCCACAUGGAAGAGUUCUGUGUUUUGUUUUAAACUUGUACCUUGCUCACUAGCUCUAUAUGAAAUAUAUAUGAAUAUUUUUUAUUUUCAUUUGAAUGUAUAGCUUCAAAUAAAUGAAGUGUUUGGAAA